AUGAUAUCAUUCAUCUUUUUUAUUUUUACCAUAUAUUAUGAAUCCAUUGUAGGAAGCGUUUUGUUUUCGCGAUGGCGUGUUGGGAAAAGAAUAAUGUUUUUAAAUAACAUGAAGGGUACCAAAUUCAAAAGAAGGAAAAGAGAAAAUAGCAGGAGCACUUUAUAUAGUAUGCAAAAGAUGAUAAAGAAAAAUGAAUUUCAUGAUAGGUGUGUAAUUAAAGUAAAGGCUGGGAAUGGGGGUGAUGGUAUUUGCUGUUUUACUGUAUUUUCACAAAAAAAAAAUAAAAAAUAUGCUUCGGGUGGAAGAGGAGGAAACGGUGGUGAUAUAUAUGUAAUAGGUAAUAAGAAAAUUGAUAAUUUUUUAAAUGUGAAAUUAAAAUCAUUUUAUAAUGCGGAAAAUGGAGGAAAAGGUUUAAAUAAUAAUCAAGUUGGAUAUAAUGGAAAAGAUGAAUAUAUAUAUGUCCCAAUAAAUACAAUUAUAUAUAAUGAGCAAAAAGAAUUUAUUAAUUUUAUUUAUAUGAAUAACCAAAAGGUUUUAAUUGCUAAAGGGGGGAAAGGUGGAAAGGGUAAUUAUUCUUAUCGAACCAAAAGUUUAAAAAUACCUUUUGUAUGUCAAUAUGGAGAAAAAACAAAAGAAAAAAAAAUUUAUCUGAAAAAAAUUUUAUUUACAGAUUUGGGUAUUAUUGGUUAUCCAAAUGUUGGAAAAAGUACAUUGUUAAAUAAAAUUACUAAAGCCAAUGUAAAAAUAGCUAAUUAUAGUUAUACAUCGAAAUUUCCAAAUGUUGGAAUGUUUAAAAGGGUUGAGGAUGAUUCUGAUAUAAGAAAGGACAAUGAAUUUAUAUCCUUUGAUGGGACACCAAGUGAAGAAACAAUUCCUGAAAUAGGUUACAGUGAAGAGGAUACAAUGGUUGAAAAAUAUAAUAAAGAUGACAAGUUGGAAAAUAUGAAUAAUGAAAAUGAUUCUUUGUUAAAUAAUAAUAAUGAUAAUAAUAAUGAUAAUAAUAAUGACAAUUAUGAUAAUAAUAAUGAUAAUAAUAAUGACAAUUAUGAUAAUAAUAAUAAUAAUAAUAAUAAUAAUAAUAAUAAUAAUAAUUGUUCUGAUAUUAUGUAUAAUAAUAACAAUAUGGAUGAUUACAAUUUAUUAGACGAUCAUGAUCAAUAUAAUUUCAUUGAAGAUAUUUAUAAUGAUAAUAUUCCAAAUGAAGAAGAGGAGGAAAAAAAGAACCCUUACUUAUCACAUACAUUGAACAGGCAAAAAAAAAAAAAUCCAAGUAUUGAAAAGAAAAGAACUCAUUUUAGUGUAAUUGAUUUUCCUGGUAUUAUUAAAGAUUUAGAUAAAAAAAUUAAUAAUAUAUCUUAUAAAUAUCUAGAACAUUUAAAAUAUAGUAAAAUUUUAGUUUAUAUGUUUGAUAUAAAUAAUGACAAUAUUAUGGAAAUAUAUAAAAAUAUAAAAAACGUACUUGUUCAAUAUGAUAACAUAUUUUUAAAUAAAAAAGAAGUAGUUGUUCUAAAUAAAAUUGAUAUAUAUGAUAAUAAAGAAAACAUUCAAACCUUUAUAAAUAAUUUAAAAGAACAAUUAAAAAUUCAUAAUAUAUAUUAUUUAUCUGCAUUAACUGGCGAAAAUGUCGAAAAAACCAUUAAUGAUAUUAUUACACUACAUUUAAAUAAUAAUGAAGAUUUAGUAAACACCUUUUUAAAAACAUUACCAAAAGUAUUAGAUAUGGAACACUUAGAAAAUUCAGAUAAUUAUAAACCAUUUCAUUAUAAAAUUCAUAAAUAUAAUGAAAAAGUUUAUAUAAUAAAAGGAGAUUAUUUAGAAAACCAAGCUAACAUUUUUAAUUUUACAAAAACGGAUAGUGCCCAAGUUUUUAUGAAAUUAUUGAAUGAUUUAAAUGUAAAUAUAAAACUCAAACAUAUGGGCGCAAAGGAAGGAGACAAAAUUAUUAUUAGUAAUUAUUCUUACGAUUUUUAUGAAUAA